AUGACGCAGGAGUCUAUAUAUGGGGUUGCCUUUCGUUCUGUCGCGACGGCAGACGAAGCUGCCUUCAGAAACACCAUAAAGUUUUACCACAAGCUAGGGUUUUCGACGGUCCGGACCUAUGACAAGUUCAGGGGUGCCGGCGAGAAUAUUUUGCAAGUCAGCGGGACUGCUCAGGAAUCGAUCAAAGAGACUUGGUUAGAGAGCUUCAAAUUGAGUGAAGUGGACGCAGAUGGCUUCAGAAUUCCACAACAAGAAGCCUCGAACCACGAGCAAAGUGACGGUGCACUUUUGAAAAUCAGAUUGGUCGCCAAGGAGUCUCUAAAGGGAACCGGUUGCGUUGUUACUUAUUUUUCCGCUUCGCUGGACGAAUUCGCCAAAGAGGUCUCAGAGGCCAAGAAAAUAAGCGAGGGUCUCUACCAAUUGACCGACCCGCUAGGGAAUGUUGUCAACGUUUCUAAUUUGGCUCUCGCCACGGACUCCAAGCCACUGGACAAAGAUUUCUUCCUGGACCACGCUAGGGGUCUAAGCGACGCUAAAAAGGCACAGAAGAAAGAGGCCGAAAACACCCCACCUGAUGCUGCCACUUUCAAGAAGAAAAUAGCAGUGAUGACUUCUGGUGGUGACUCUCCAGGUAUGAACGCUGCUGUCCGUGCUGUGGUUCGGUCCGGUAUUUUUUACGGAUGCGACGUUUACGCCGUUUACGAAGGUUACGAAGGUCUUCUCAAAGGCGGUGACCUUCUGAAGAAAAUGGAGUGGCAAGAUGUCAGAGGCUGGCUCAGCGAAGGUGGUACACUCAUUGGUACUGCUCGUUGCAUGGAGUUCAAAAAGCGUGAGGGUCGUAAACAAGCUGCUCGUAACUUGAUAUCUGAAGGUAUCGACGCUCUUGUUGUGUGCGGUGGUGACGGUUCUCUAACGGGUGCCGAUUUGUUCAGAUCUGAAUGGCCUUCUUUGGUUGAAGAUCUCGUCAAGGACGGCACCUUUACUCAAGAACAAGUCGAUCCUUACAAGAACCUCACGAUCGUUGGUCUUGUCGGCUCUAUCGACAACGAUAUGUCUGGUACUGACUCCACUAUCGGUGCUUAUUCUGCCCUCGAAAGAAUUUGUGAGUUGGUCGAUUACAUCGAUGCUACUGCUAAGUCUCACUCGAGAGCCUUCGUGGUCGAAGUCAUGGGUAGACAUUGUGGUUGGCUAGCUUUGAUGGCAGGUAUUGCUACCGGUGCGGACUACAUCUUCAUUCCAGAGAGAGCCCCUGCUGCUGGCAAAUGGCAAGAGGAGUUGAAAAGGGUUUGUCAAGCUCACAGAGACAAGGGUCGCAGAAACAACACCGUUAUUGUUGCCGAAGGUGCCAUUGACGACCAAUUGAACCCUAUUACCUCCGAGCAAGUUAAGGAUGCUUUGAUCGAUCUUGGAUUGGACACUAAGGUGACUAUCUUGGGCCAUGUUCAAAGAGGUGGUACUGCAGUCGCUCACGACAGAUGGUUGGCGACAAUGCAAGGUGUUGAUGCUGUUAAGGCCGUUUUGGAAAUGACCCCAGAGACGCCAUCUCCGUUGAUUGGUAUCUUGGAAAACAAGAUCAUUAGAAUGCCUCUCAUGGAGUCUGUCAAACUUACGAAAUCCGUUCCUGCGGCUAUUGAGGAAAAAGACUUUGACAAGGCCAUUUCCCUUCGUGACACCGAGUUUAUUGAGCUGUAUGAGAACUUCAUUUCGACUACAAUUAAGGACGACGGGUCUGAAUACCUACCAGAGGAUGAGAGACUAAACGUUGCUAUUGUUCACGUUGGUGCCCCAUCUGCUGCUUUGAACGCUGCCACACGUGCCGCUACGCUAUACUGUUUGUCGCGUGGACAUAAGCCUUACGCUAUUCUCAAUGGUUUCAGUGGUUUGAUUCAAACUGGUGAAGUCAAAGCAUUGAGCUGGAUUGAUGUCGAAAACUGGCACAAUUUAGGUGGUUCGGAAAUAGGUACCAACAGAUCCGUGGCAAGCAGUGACAUGGGUACAGUUGCCUAUCACUUUCAAAAGAAUAAGUUCGAUGGUCUAAUUAUUCUCGGUGGCUUCGAAGGUUUCAAGUCUUUGAAGGAGCUACGCGAUGCGCGCAGUGACUAUCCAAUUUUUAACAUUCCUAUGGUUCAUAUCCCUUCGACUGUUUCUAACAACGUCCCCGGUACUGAAUACUCUCUAGGCGUCGACACUUGUUUGAAUGCUCUUGUGAAUUACACCGACUGUAUCAAGCAGUCCGCAUCUGCCACGAGGAGAAGAGUAUUUGUUGUCGAAGUUCAAGGUGGUCACUCAGGUUAUGUAGCUUCUUUCACGGGUCUGGUUACUGGUGCCGUGUCUGUCUACACUCCCGAGCAAACGAUUGAUUUGAGCACCAUCAGAGAAGAUUUGAAGCUGUUGAGUGCCAACUUUCGCCACGACAAGGGAGAAAACCGUAACGGUAAGGUGCUAAUCAGAAACGAGCAAGCUUCUUCAGUUUACUCUACUGAGAUCAUUGCUGACAUCAUUGCUGAGGAAUCCACUGGGAAAUUUGGCGUCAGGACCGCCAUUCCAGGACACGUUCAACAGGGUGGUGUUCCUUCUUCCAAAGAUCGUGUUAUUGCUUCCAGAUACGCUGUCAAGUGUGUUAAAUUCAUUGAAGCAUGGAACAAAAAGAACUCCGAUCAAGAGAACAAAGAUUUUAAGAUUCUAAGAUUCAAAUACUUGAAUGGCGAGAAAAUUUACACUUUCCAGGAUGAAGACGCUUCUGCUGCUAUCAUUGCUGUGAACGGUUCACACAUCUCAUUCAAGCCUGUUGCUCAGUUGUGGAGAGAAGAGACUGACGUUGGCUUGAGGAAGGGACGCGAUAUCCACUGGCAUGAGUUCAACGAGAUCGGCGACAUACUUUCCGGUAGACUCAAUCUAAGAAAAGAGCUGGGAGAACAUGUUGACGUUUCUAAUUUUUAA